UUAAUUUCCAACAGGCGUUGUGUUGCAGCAGAAAAUCUGACAGUGACUUAUAUGGAGUUGUGUGAGCAGCUGGGACUAUGAUGAACUUCCUGUCUAAAUAUGCAUGCGUCUUCUACCUGCUGGUCCUGCUCACCCUCCUGUUCCAUAACUUUAUCACCUUGGAUGUGAAGUGGAAAAGUGAUCUUCACCCAAAACAAGUACAACUUUGCUUCCAAUCUACUGCAGCUGCCAACAGCACGUUGGAGCAGUACAACAUCACCUCAGAAGGCUUAUCUCAUUUGGAACCAAAGCAAAGCUUCUGUAGCCACCUAGGCCAGGAGCCAUCACCUGAGGAGGCUUUAAAGGAGCGUAACCUCCUGGAGUCCAUUUCAUGGUCAGAGCCUCCGCAGCAGCCCACACCAACACCUAUUGAAGAAACCAGCGAUCCUGCACACAGCCAUUUUGUUUUCGUGCCAGCAGAGGGUGGGAAAGACCGAUACGUGGGGGCCCAGCUUGAGGCUCGGGUCUUUUUGAAAGAUUUCAACGGGCGUCCGAAGAGCUACGGUGGGGACUUCCUGCUGGCUCGGCUGCAAUCCCCAGAGUUGGGGGCGGGCGUUGCAGGACAGGUGAUAGACCACAACAAUGGCUCCUACUCUGCCAUUUUUCCAUUGCUGUGGGAGGGGACUGUACGGGUGGAAGUGACACUGGUCCACCCUAGCGAGGCAAUUACAGUUUUACGGCGCUUACGGGAGGAACGGCCAGACAGGGUGCUUUACAAGAGCAUGUUCCGUUCUGGAUUAGUGUCUGAAACCACCAUGUGUAACCUAUGCCUGCCAACCAGCCAGCAGCCAGUAUGUAAUUACACAGACAUCCUCACAGGGGAACCCUGGUACUGUUACAAGCCCAAACAAGACCUGAGCUGUGACAAUAGAAUUAACCACUUCAGGGCAGGCUACCAGAAUAAUCUAAUAACUGACAAAGAAACACUUCUCUUUCAGAGAAGUAACCUCAAAGCACGUAUUUAUGCCACGGGGUCUGACACGGUCACUGUACUCUCUGCGAAGCAAGAGAAACUGGGGGACAACCGCACCAGCGAAAAGGAGGCAACUGUAAUGACCACUCUUUCUGGUUAUUACUUCAAGUGGUCAUGGCGGUCGCUGGGUGGUGCUGCGAUUCGAGAGUACAACGACCCUGCUGACAUUAAUCAGUGUCUGAAGGGCAAGGUGGUAAACAUGUACGGAGACUCCACCGUCAGACAGUACUACGAGUUCCUAACCAGCAUCUUGCCAGAGCUGAAGGAGUUCAACCUUGGAAGUCCAGUGCAAGCAGGGCCCUUCAUGGCAGUGGACAUGGCUCACAACAUCAUGCUGAACUACCGCAGCCACGGUCCGCCCAUCUCCUACCUGCCUCUCAGUGUCACUCAGCUGCGCUACGUAGCUAACGAGCUGGACGGCCUGGUCGGCGGCUCAAACACAGUUGUCAUCAUCAGCGUCUGGGCCCAUUUCACCACCUUCCCCGUGGAGGUCUACAUUCGCCGACUACGCCACAUUCAGAGGGCGGUGGUGCGGCUUCUGGAACGGGCUCCGGAGACCACGGUCGUGGUGCGUUCCGCUAACCUCCGCAGCCAAAGCCUACAGGAAAGCCUUGUCGUCAGCGACUGGUUCGCAGCGCAGCUGGACAGGGUGCUCAGGGCCAUGUUCCAGGGGGUGGACGUCUUGCUGUUGGAUGCCUGGGAGAUGACCCUUGCCCACCAUCUUCCUCAUAAUAUACACCCAUCUACCCCUAUAAUCAAGAACAUGAUAAACACCAUUCUCUCUCACGUCUGCCCGGAGAAGAACUAGUAAAGAGUGACAUUUUUUCUGGAAUAUUGACAAAAUAACUGAGGAGUUAUGUCUUUCAGAUAUUAAAUAUGUAAAUGUUGAUUACAAAAUAUUAUAGUUGGAUUGCAGUCUAUGCUAUUUAUACACAAACCAUAUUAGUUAUAAAUAGUGAUUGUGUAAUCUGAAAGCUGGUAAAAGCCACACACUGGAGAAAUGCUAAUGUUUUUGGUUUGUCUUGGGAUAUUAGGGAUUUUGUCUAAUUGUCUGUCUCAGGAAUGUUAGGAUUCAUAAAGCAAAGCAUUGCAAAUUCAUAAAGAAUUAUUAAAUACUUAAAUAACUUUUGGGCGUGGAUGACCAAAGAAUGCUU